UUCAAUGGUCCCUCCAGGAGGAAGGUGACCGUUCAGUCCGUCGGGAUGGCGAUGUCCACGUUUCAGAAGGUGACCCUCGCGACGUGUCUCGUGCUGUGCGUCGCCUUGCUGCUUCCCAAACUGCUAGUGUCCCGCGGGAGGAAGGAUGCUGCUGAGCGGCCGGACGGCUCAGGUCGUUUCCCCCCGAUGAUGCACCGUCAGAUGGCCCCGGAGGGCCGUGGCCAGAGGGCGGCGAGCGCCGGCUUCUCCAGAGCCCACAACUCCGAGGCCAUAGCCAAGGCGAAGGGCGCAGGAACGGGGGCGGGAACUGGAGGCAAAUCCAAUCUGGCGGGACAGAUCAUCCCUGUGUACGGCUUCGGGAUCUUACUCUACAUCCUCUACAUACUCUUCAAGAUCACAUCUAAGGGGAGUGGCAAGCCGUCAGAGGGAAGGUUUCCCUCGGUCCGCUCAGAGAACAUGAAGAGAAAGAUCACUGACUUCGAACUGGCUCAGCUGCAGGAGAAACUGAGGGAAACGGAGCUGGUGAUGGAGAAUAUUGUUUCCAAUGCCCACCACAGCCCUGACAGGGUGAAGGGAGUGAUGGCAGAUCAGGAGGAGAGCCUCCUGCAGCAGCUGACGGAGAUAACUCGGGUGAUGCAGGAGGGCCAGCUGGUGGAGGGCAUGAGUCCAGAAAAGAAAGCCCGCGACGACUGGGAAGAAUAUCCUGAGGAGCCUCAUCACUACUGGGAACAUUCCCGCUGCUGUUGUCAGCACAGUCAGCAGCACUACAGUCCACAGGCAGAGGCCGAGAGGACUGAAGCUGCCGGAGCCGCCCCGGUGGAACGCGUUCGUCCCGAGGAUGUUAGAGGUGGAGGAGAGGCCGAGGAAGCAGAGGGUCCGAGUACAGGGACGCUGAGAGAAUCAGAUUUCCCAGCAGGAAGUGAAGAAGACGUGGGGCCAGAGAGUGAUUUAGGCGUAAACGAGAGGGCGGACUUGCAUGAGCGCAAGGAGGAGGGAGGGGGUCAAAUCGAUCUGGGGGUUCCAGAGGAGGACCUGGCCGGAGUCCUGAAGGAGCUGGAGCUCACGCUGAAGAUGACCUCCAUGAUGGAGCAGGAGAAGAUAGAGGACCUCGCCCGGCCCGUAGAGACGGAACCCGCCCACAGCCAGGUCAGACGGAGAAACAAGAGGAGAGCAAAGAAGGCCGCACAGUGACUCUUAACAGGAAGCUCACAGUAUAAACUCGAGCCUGGGCCUGGUGCUUGUGAGGACAGUUUCUUUUUUUAGUCUGCUCCCUUCAGAUGGGCAGUAGCACCAAAGUUGGUGAUAGCAUGAACAUGUGUUGCCGGCUUCGUUUAUCUUUACUUGAAGUGAAUAAGUGAGAAAUGUGUGUACAGGGCACAUUUAUCAUCUCUAAUAUCAGCUUUAUCUAUUGGCUAAAAAGGGAAUAAAUAUAGUUUGUGGACUUAGAACUUCCAAAUAUCCUCCACCUUUCUUUGGAAAAACAACAGCCCUUAUUUUAAAAUGAUUACUGUCAAAUAUGAUAAUGCCAGUCCGUACAAGAUAGAAGUGCAUAGUUUUCCUUUUAAUUUAAACCCACAAGAAGUGCAGACAGGACUUCUCCAGGUCCAGAUUUUAUGUAAAAAAAAUGAUAUAACAAUAGCUGACAACCAGUACCUUGAAGCACCACCGGCUGUGAACAGUAUUUAAUUCUGUUAGGGGAGUGUUGAGUUAGUUAUACUUGAUCUGUCAAAGCCUUUUUCUCGGCAAGCAUCAGUUUCUAUUCCUUAAAAAUGAUCUAACAUUAUUCCCAUCGAGUGCUUGCCUUACAGGUAGUCGUACAGAAAGAAAGACUGCACCAGGCCACUUCAAAGCAUGCUUGUUCAUGCUUUGAAGUGGCCUUUUCCCAUUCAUUCUGGGAAAACAUCAGAAAUAAGUCGUUUGAGCUCAGAUCAGGACACAUUUCUCUGUAGACAAUGUCCUGUAAGCGGGAAGUAUGCAGCCGAUGAAAGCUGGAUCUGCAAAGAAAACAAAUCAAUCAAUUAAAUUUGAUCAUACACUGUUACAUUAAACUACACUACUGAGAUUUACUGUGGGUGGGUGGCUGGGGGGGUGGGGCUUUACUCCACCGUCGUCAGCGUGCGUUGAACAAAACACUCUGCAGUCGUUUUAAACUUCCUGCGGUCUUCACAUCCAAGGUUGGAAAUUUUUAGAGACAUGGACACUGGAACUGAUUUAACACCCUUAUUGUGAACAGGCACAAUAAACGCACUGCAGGAAAUUAGAGAAAAAGGGGACGAUGCAUAUGGGACAUUAAUAGUGUUCCGUCUUUCUAGAUAAACACUGUUCGUGAUGGGGAAAUUGUGUCUUCUGUACAAUAAUAUUUAAAGCUUUUAAGAAACUGUUGUCUUCAACUCUAAAUU